AUGGAUUCGGAUCAGGGCAAACUUUUUAUCGGCGGGAUAUCGUGGGACACCACGGAAGACAAGCUCAAGGAGCAUUUUGGCAACUACGGCGACGUUUUGAGUACUUCCGUUAUGCGGGAGAAGAACACUGGCAAGCCCAGGGGCUUUGGUUUCGUCGUUUUCGCGGAUCCCGCCAUUCUGGAUAGGGUUCUCGAGGAUAAACAUGUCAUAGAUGGCAGAACGGUUGAUGCCAAAAAGGCCUUCUCAAGAGAGGAUCAACAAAUUUCUGUCACCUCGAGAGGUGGAAAUUCCAAUUCUGGCAUGAAUUCUGGAAAUGGGGGAAACAUCAGAACUAAAAAGAUAUUUGUUGGAGGGCUGCCUGCUACCCUGACUGAAGAAAAAUUUCGUCAAUACUUUGAGUCUUAUGGACAUGUAACUGAUGUAGUAGUUAUGUAUGAUCAGAAUACUGGACGGCCACGAGGAUUUGGUUUUAUUUCAUUUGAUACCGAGGAGGCUGUUGAUAGGGUUUUGCACAAAUCAUUUCACGAUUUAAAUGGUAAACAAGUUGAGGUAAAGCGAGCACUCCCCAAGGAUGCCAAUCCUGGUGCAAGUGGCCGUAUGAUGGGUGGUGCUGGAGGUGGGGGUGGUGGAAUUGGUGGGUAUCAAGGGUAUGGAGCAUCUGGUGGUAACCAAAAUGCAUAUGAUGGUCGUAUGGAUUCUAGUAGGUAUAUGCAACCUCAAGGUGCUGCAGGUGGAUUCCCUCCUUAUGGUUCUUCUGCCUAUAGUGCUCCCGGGUAUGGGUAUGGUCCGGCUAAUAAUGGUAUUGGGUAUGGUGCAUAUGGAAGUUAUGGUGGUGCGACCGCUGGGUAUGGUGGACCGGCUGGUGCAACAUAUGGGAAUCCUAAUGUUCCUAAUGCUGCUUAUGCUGGUGGUCCACCAGGAGGCCCAAGGAGUUCAUGGCCUGCUCAGGCACCUUCUGGUUAUGGGUCUAUGGGCUAUGGGAGCACUGCCCCUUGGGGUGCUCCAAGUGGUGGUGCUGGAUCUGGCGGUGGGGGUCCUGGUUCAGCAACUGCAGGUCAGUCCCCUGGUGGGGCUGCUGGAUAUGGGAACCAAGGUUAUGGAUAUGGUGGGUAUGGGGGAUACGGUGGAAGUGAUAGUUCUUAUGGGAAUUCAAGUGCAUAUGGUACUGUUGGUGGUCGAACUGGGAGUGCUCCAAACAAUAGUGCUAGUGGUCCUGGUGGGGGUGAACUCACAAGUAGUGGUGGCAGUGGUAGCUAUAUGGGUGGUGGCUAUGGGGAUGCAAAUGGAAAUUCAGGUUAUGGAAAUGCAGCUUGGAGAUCCGAACAAACUCAUGCUUCUGGAAAUUAUGGAACCCCACAGGGAAAUGGUGGGCAAGUUGGUUAUGGUGGUGGCUAUGGUGGUGCUCAAUCUCGACAAGCCCAGCAGCAGUAA